AAAAAAGUCAAUGUCGGCGGUGCUGUGAUCGUUGGCCGUGGCCAUCAGUCAUCACACAGAUCGCAUUCUGUAUCGCCAUCUCGACAUUCUGCGCAUGCUUACACCUGGCUGCCGAAGAUACCAUUAACAUAUUUCAAGAUACAGCAGCAAGAUACACCAUAGAAAAUACACUAUAUUGGGGGAAAAUUUCAGUUUACUGCGUGACCGCUUUGACAAUUGCAGUUGCUUUCACGUUUAUGGCUGUCGGCUGCCUGGCAACAGGAUCCGUUACUAUUAUUAGUUAUACAUUACUUAUUUGCUGGAUUGCUGUUACCAUGGUGGCCGUGAUCCCAUUUAUCUUUUUCUACAUCAUAAAAGAGAAUCACUGUGGUGACCCUGGCCGAUGUAUAGAUUUAAGACAAUAUGGCUUCGCUAAUAUUACCGAACCAAAUCAAGACGUAUAUCUUUUCUGUGAUAGAAAUUUAUAUUGUAGUCAGAAUCCCUACGAAUUGUAUUUAUAUGGACUGAUUGCGGCAUCUGUUGUUCUUGUUAUGGUGAGCAAUUUCCUGAUGAUUCUAUCUGCCAACUGGGCGCAUGUCAAGCACAGAUAUAGAAGCCCUGCCGCCAGCAGAUACCCAAAAUGCAAUAGAAGUACAGAUACUCUCCGCUUAAGUCGAGAUCUCAGCUCAUCGUAUGGACAUCAUAACGAACUAAGCAUCAUUUCAAACAACAGCACAUUGAAUACUGAUACAAUACAUACUACGCAGAAUUAUACAAACGCUUAUCAUAUAUAA